AUGCCCUGGACGCCUCUUGGCAAGCAGGCAAAGAUCUUCUGCUCAACUGUCGACGUCUUCGGCCAGAUGCCCGGGAUAACACUUGCAACGGUGGAGUUCCCGCCUUUGUACGACACUGGCCAAGCCCUCUUCAGCCUUCAACGUGCCUUUCAUCAAUCAAACUUGCGCUACGAUACGGACUAA